UAUCGCAGAAUAAAUAUCUAUUCAAACAAAAAUAAUGGCUUCUCCCAAAACAGCAGUUUGCAUUCUGGAAGGAAGUACUGAAGGUGUCGAAGGCAUCAUCAAUUUCAAAGAUAUGGGUGAUGGUACGUGCUCCAUCAAAGGUGAAAUUACAGGACUGAAAACUGGCCAGCAUGGGUUUCAUGUUCAUCAAUAUGGAGAUUACACUAAUGGUUGCACCAGUACAGGAGGUCAUUUCAAUCCGUAUAAUAAGGAGCACGGUGGUCCUGAUGACACAGAGCGUCAUGUUGGAGAUCUUGGCAAUAUAAUGGUUGAUGAAAGUGGGAAAGCCACAAUCGAUAUUACUGAUAAGCAAGUUAAACUGGAUGGUGAAUUUUCUGUUGUUGGCAGGGCAAUAGUUGUUCAUGCGGAUGUAGAUGAUCUGGGCCGUGGUGGUUUCCCUGAUAGCAAAACAACGGGUCAUGCAGGAGGACGACUGGCUUGUGGUGUAAUUGGACUUUCUCCAGCCAAAUGACUAAUGAGUAAAUCGUCAUUAUGAGCAGUGGUGUCUUGGAAUAUGUAAUCAUGUUUUAUUGUCUGUCUGUUUAUUUGGUUUAUUGUUUCCAAAAGUACAGACUUUUUGUCUAAUUUCGUCCUGAUAAUGAAUCCAACAAUUUUUAUUUUUGCGUAAGUUGGGAUAUUGUUUUCUGUUGUGGAACAUAAAAGUGAAAACUCGAAAGUAAUUGAUAAUAAUGUUUAUUAUAUUUGGUUUAUUAUUUUUAGGUUUUCAAUCUUGUUGGUACAGUUGUGCUUGAAGUUAAAAACAUGAAGAUCAAUGUUUUUUAGUGGUUUUUAUGUUUUGAUCUGUAUUCCUUAGAAAUUAUUCUUGCGAGUAUUGCCCAAUUAAAUCAACAAAUUAAGACAAAAUCAUUAUUAACAACCUAUAUGUUGUAUUACAUAAAUUUUCAUGACAUUUUUUUAAAUUUUUUCUUCAUCCAAAACAUGUUCCAGAAACCUUGUUUACUGCUCCAAUAAACAAUUUUGUUCCCGAAGUUUUCUCAUGAAUGGCCAAUACGUGUUCUCUCUACAAUCAUUGUUUUGUUUGUGCUUUUUUGUGAUAUAGAUCAACCAAUAAUGAUUUUGUGUUUUAUUGUUUUUUAACUGAAAAAAGUUUUGAAAUAAUGCAAACUUAGUUCAAGUCUAUGUAAAGUUCUUUUCGGCAAUAUUACAACAUUUCAUUCGUGUAUAUUUGUGAAUUUCAGA